UCAUUUUCAAUAAAUUAUUAACGCAUUCAACGACAUAAAAAUAUUUCGUUUUUGUUCAUCAAACUUUGCGAAUAAAUUAAUUCUUCAAACACUUUUUCCAGACAACAUUUACAAAUAUAAUCUUCAGAAUUAAUUACAAUAUUAUUCAUAAUGGCUAAAAAAUAUAAAUUAGAUCAAGAAUCUCGAAAUCUGAUCAAAUUUAUUCAUGACAGCCUAUUAAAAAUGCAACACGAGUUAAUUUUGGAUCCUUCUGAAGUUCCUCUCCAAGAUCUGAAAAACGAGUUGAUAGGUUUUCGUAAUCAAUUGGAUGAAAUAAUGGCGAAAUUUGAUGAUUGGAAAAAAUUUGGUAAAACUUUAUUAUUCCAUGUCGAGAAAAUUACUUUAUGUCAUCUUAUGAUCAACAAACUGUGGUAUUGGAAAAUCUUAGAUGAUCAUCAGAUUCAAACAAUGUCAUGA